UCUUAUCGAUGGUGUUGAUAAGAGUCCCGUAAGAGAGCAGCGCAGCACAACACGGUGUUAGCAACUCUCGAGGCCAACCAAGGUUCGUUACAUGGCCGACGCUGACAGGGAUCACAAAUAACAGUAACGUAACACAAGAAAAGAUUCUACUCAUCGUGGUAGUGAGGAUGGCGUUACUUAGAAUAAAUAAGGACCUGCAGGAGCUGGUCAAGAACCCGCCGCCUAACUGCUCCGCCGGGAUCAAGGACAGGGACCCCUUCCACUGUGAGGCCACCAUCAUUGGCCCUAAAAACUCACCAUAUCAGAGGGGCGUCUUCCACCUCUCUGUGAAGUUCCCCAAAGACUACCCCUUUACACCCCCUGAGAUCAGUUUCAUCACUAAGAUUUAUCACCCCAACAUCAACGAUAAGGGAACCAUCUGUCUUGACAUAUUAAGGAAAGGUCGCUGGAGCCCAACUCUUUCCCUGUCUAAAGUGUUGUUGACCAUUUGUGCUCUGAUGACUGAACCUAACCCCAAGAGCUCCCUACGCCCGGAAAUAGCCAGGGAGUAUGAGAAGAGUCGAGACGUGUACAACAGUAAAGCCAAGGAAUGGACUCAGAAAUAUGCCUUGUAGUAUGACACAGAGUUUGAUAGUAUAACAUGAAGGGCCGCCCUAGAAAUAUCCUUUGUAGUUUGACGCAGAUUUUAUGGCCUGGAAUCAUUUAUUAAGUUACUUUAAAGCUCGGUUCAACUAGGGAUUGAUUUACAUAUUAUUAUAUAUAAAAUAAUAUUAAUGCCCCAAGUCUUUCCAUAUAAAAGCAAACAAGUUCUGUAGACUUGCUCUGAAAAUGGUAUCCGUUGAGCAUUAGACUUAUGAAAUAAAGGAUUAACCAACCAGUUUAGUUGGGCGUCUGAUUUAGGUUAGGUUAAUUAUCAUAGAAGAACAGAAGUAAAAUGAUCUUAACACAAGGGGGCAAAUCAAGUAAGGAGUCAAACUAUAAGAACUGUUUAUUAACUUAACUCUUAACAACAAACAAGGACUUCUCAUGAAUUUAACUUCUAACGAACAAGGAUUUAUCAUUACUAAAAUAAAAAUAAACCAGGAAUGGCUAUAAAUGUUACUUCUUUCAUCUUAACUCUUCAAUGUGACUAACAUUAAGCAAGUCAGGGACAUGGGAACAACACCUGACAUAUAGAAUUGAGGCUAAAACUCAACAGUAAACACAACACAACACAACAUAGGAGUAAGACCCAACAUAUAAUCAGGGUGAUACCAGACUAGAAAUGAUGAUUCACAAUACUAAUUCUUAAUGCUCUUUGGAGAUCUCAGUUAAUACUCGGUUGGCUGCUCGGGUCCACAACACAAGUUCAUAAGCAACUCCUGUAAGGGCUCUGCACAUCUGACCUCUGGGCAAUGUCAAAAUUCUGGUAGAGACUGACUGUUACACCAGCCAUUUUUUCUUAUUUUGUUCCAAACACCAGCGGGGAGGUAGAGCUCAAGGUGUGACAAGUUGGGGUAGUCACGUGAUCCUUGUCCUGCUAAAUUCGUUGAUUUCAACUGCCGUGAAUAGGGCUACAAUCCUGCGGUUGUUUUGGUUUGUUGAGAGAGACCAGCUCAUAAGGUCCGAAGUCAUUAGAGGUCCUUCCUGUCACAUAGUGAAUGACAGUUUAAUAUAAAGGGACCCAGAAGUAUGCCUUGGAGUAUGACAGAGUAUGACAAUAUAAUAUAAAGGGACCCAGAAGUAUGCCUUGGAGUAUGACAGUAUAACAUAAAGGGACCCAGAGGUCCUAUAUCGCUUGCAGUGUGGUGCCCUGAAUAUAACUUACCGUGGGAGUGGACCUUAGAGUGUUUAGGCUCAAUGCACAGCUUUUGAACCUUUGAUUUGUAUCACAGACAAACAUAUAACACUGGUUUAGAAUUGUUAUUACUUUGCAUGUAAUUCUCAUCAUUCUGUUUUGUAAACAAUACAAAAAAUA